CCCAUGGAUCUAUAAAGAGACCUAGCAACUCUAGCCAGCUAGCUUCCGAGCUAACAACAACAAAAUCCCAGAGAAGUAACGUUAUAGAUCCACACACAGGGGGCAAACUGCUUCCAUCUGGCGUUGCUAAUGCAGGUGGACAUCGGGGGUGAACACUGACGUGUGGUAGUGACGGAUCCUCCUCCUCGCCCUCUUGUCCCCCACACCUGCUGUCACGCUGGCAAUGUCAAGAGUCCCGAGUCCCCCUCCCCCGGCGGAAAUGUCCAGCGGGCCCGUGGCCGAGAGCUGGUGCUACACACAGAUCAAAGUGGUAAAGUUCUCCUAUAUGUGGACCAUCAACAAUUUCAGCUUUUGUCGUGAAGAGAUGGGCGAAGUUAUCAAGAGCUCCACCUUCUCCUCUGGGGCCAAUGACAAGCUGAAAUGGUGUUUGCGUGUUAAUCCCAAGGGUUUGGAUGAGGAGAGCAAAGACUACCUGUCUCUGUACCUGCUGCUGGUCAGCUGCCCUAAGGCCGAGGUGCGCGCCAAAUUCAAGUUCUCCAUCCUCAAUGCCAAGGGAGAGGAGACGAAAGCCAUGGAAAGCCAGAGAGCAUAUCGCUUUGUCCAGGGGAAGGACUGGGGCUUUAAGAAGUUCAUCCGCCGAGACUUUCUAUUAGACGAAGCUAACGGUCUUCUACCCGACGACAAGCUGACGCUCUUCUGUGAGGUGAGUGUGGUGCAGGACUCAGUCAACAUCUCUGGCCAGAACACCAUGAACAUGGUGAAGGUGCCUGACUGUCGGCUAGCAGAUGAGCUCGGGGGCCUGUGGGAGAACUCGCGCUUCACCGACUGCUCCUUGUGCGUGGCAGGACAGGAGUUUCAGGCACACAAAGCCAUCCUGGCAGCGCGCUCUCCUGUAUUUAGCGCCAUGUUUGAGCAUGAGAUGGAAGAGAGCAAAAAGAACCGAGUAGAAAUCAACGACGUGGAGCCUGAAGUAUUCAAAGAGAUGAUGUGCUUCAUAUACACCGACAAGGCUCCCAACCUGGACAAGAUGGCUGACGACCUGCUGGCAGCAGCGGACAAGUAUGCUCUGGAGAGACUGAAGGUUAUGUGUGAGGACGCCCUGUGCACCAGUCUGUCUGUGGAGAACGCCGCUGAGAUCCUCAUCCUGGCCGACCUGCACAGCGCCGACCAGCUCAAAACGCAGGCAGUCGACUUCAUCAACUACCACGCUGCAGAGGUAAUGGAGACAGCAGGCUGGAAGUCCAUGGUCGCGUCCCAUCCUCACCUGGUGGCUGAAGCCUACCGCUCCCUGGCCUCUGCCCAGUGCCCCUUCCUGGGACCCCCCCGCAAACGCCUCAAACAAUCCUAACAGCCACGCAGAAAGCAUCUCCACACACACAACAUACACACACAAGUUUUUCCCCCUCGCAAACGCAGGGACAACCUCUCCCCAAGCUGUUACCUUCUUAACUACCUACAGCCUCCCCCUCAUUCUCCCCCUUCCUCUCUGUCCCAUCCAAAACCUGCUGUAUUUAGUCUCUUCUAAAGAUGGAGGGAAGAAGGAGGAAGAGAAGACGGAGAUGGAGGAGAGGGACAGGCCGGCCCGCGAAGUGGACGAUUGUUGUCUACAGAAAAACCACAACACCCCUCUCUUUUCUCCUCAGCUCUGGCUUAGUGAGGUUUGAUGUUGUGCUCCUUCCCGUGUGUGAAGACAUGACCUAAAUCCUUCAACGUCCUGCUACGUCAUGCCUGGGAUGUGGAACCCACCAGGGAGGAAGAACUGGGCACAUUGACCUGAUAAGAUCCAAUCGUGUGGAAAUGCGGAGGCUUAGAGGAUGAGAGCAGAGUAACUAAAUAAAGUCUUUAACUGUCUAGUUUAGCAUACGGCUUCCCUUCUCUCUUUUCUUAGUGAUUGGAGCGGAACAGUCGCAGAGGACAAAUGGGCCUAUGAGGGACUUAAGAAGAAGUGGGCCUAUUAGUUACAAACUAGCAGCCCCAGAGAAUGACAACCAAGGGCUAGUCAAAAAGUAGAGAUGGGACAAAAAAAAAAAAAUAAAACGAAAUAAUUUUCCCAAAGAAAGUUGGGAAACAUUGCACUAAUGUCACAGGUCACCCUUGUCAACCCCUACCAGCAGUGAAGUAGAAAUACUGUAGGCAAGCACACAUUGAAGCAAGUUUCUUGGACUCAAGAUCCAGUUGGACCAUCAAGAACAAGUACCCUUUAAAAUGAUUUACCUGCAAGUGACAAAAAACGACACAUGUAAACCCAUGUAGAACUUUGCUUCAUCUGCAUCUUUUUAUUGUUAUUAUUUUUUUUAAACGGGCAAAAUACAGUGGAGAGAAAAGAGCAACGCACAACAAAAUGUCACUCUUCGUGGGGAAUUGUAUUUUGUGUGUGGAUCUGUCUUUGUAUCCCUUGUGAAAAUGAAAACCAAGGUGUCCAUGGACAAAUGAACCAGGAGACAAAAUGGAGGGAAAAAAAUGUCAGGCAGUGGUUACAAAAUGAUUUAAGGAUACAGUCAGGCAUAUUGUUGAUGUUCCUUUACAUCAGAUUUCCUAUUUGUUUUUUCCUUCAAAUUAUCCAUUUUAUUUUAUUUUUUUAUUAUUUUUUUCAUAGGAAUUUGUACAGACACCAGUGUUUUUGAAGCUGUGUAAACAAAACAUUUUCAGCCAUGAAACCUAAAAAGUGGACAGAUGUUUUCUUUGCAGGCUUGAAGACUUGACUGAGGGAAAAUUAAACUGAAUGAACACGUUUUAAUGUUCAGAACAGACAGAAUGUGAAAAAAAAAAAGCGCACCAAGGCAAACCACAUCAGAUGCAUACGACUUUAUGUUUUAACCUGGUGAAACAUGGUCAUUGAUAGAAGGAGCCAUUGCUGUUUAUUUCCUGUAGAUAUUGCUGGUUAUGAGAAGUGACACUUAGUUGUUACCAUUUUUUUGUUCCCAAAGGAAUAAACCACAACUAUUUUGUAUUGAA